AUGAAUCUUAAGAAUUUGAAAGAAAUUAUCACGGACUUUACUAAAGAGAAAAAAUCUUGCAAUUGCCAUAGAAAAAAAAAAAAAAAUUGCAGUUUCAUCAAUCCCAGCAAACUUUGCAUCAUCCACAAAGAGGCGUUUAUUUUCCGCACUGAACUCAAAGCUCAAAGCACAUUCCUAUUCAAGUGCAUCGUCCAUGUAUCUUUCAUCCAGCAAAUAUACGAGGUUGUCGAAUUUGGUUAUGCAUUUUUUGCGAAUCGUAAACUUAUAACUGUCUUCUCAGCUGCACGAUAUCACGAAGAUCUUUGUAAUUUUGCUGCUGUUGUCGUUAUAGAUAGCCAUUUGGAAUUAUCAUUUCUACAACUUAAGCCAAGCGAAUAUGAACAAUAA